AGUAGGUCUUCUCAACAGGCCCAUGAGCACUCCAGUAUAUAACACUCUAUUCAACCCAGCUGCCUCCACUCUGCACUCGACAUAAUUUGCAAACCCUAGCCGCCGCGCGUUCGAACUCCGAAGCUGCAAUCAUGUCGUUGGUAGCGAAUGAGGAUUUUCAGCACAUUCUUCGUAUUCAGAACACGAAUGUUGACGGAAAGCAGAAGAUCAUGUUUGCGCUGACCUCGAUCAAAGGUAUUGGUCGGCGUUUUGCUAACAUCGUCUGCAAGAAAGCUGACGUGGACAUGAACAAGAGGGCUGGGGAACUCUCUUCUGCUGAAAUUGAUAGUUUGAUGACUAUUGUCGCAAACCCACGUCAGUUCAAGAUACCAGACUGGUUCUUGAACAGAAAGAAGGAUUACAAAGAUGGGAAGUUCUCUCAGGUGACAUCCAAUGCCUUGGACAUGAAGCUGAGAGAUGAUCUUGAGCGCUUGAAGAAGAUCAGAAAUCACCGUGGGCUCCGUCACUACUGGGGUCUUCGUGUGCGUGGACAGCACACAAAGACAACUGGCCGCAGGGGAAAGACUGUUGGUGUCUCGAAGAAGCGAUAGGCUUGCUGAAUUAUUUCUUGUCCUUUAGUUUUGUUGAGUUGACAAAAAGUGGACUAAAGAACUGAUAUAUGUACUCUUGAAGUCUUUGCUAGAUUCAAUAUAUCUUCGUGUUUAAACACAUGUUUGCAAUUUUUGCCAUGUGUUAGUUUUUGUGUUUUGACUGUUGAUGAAGAGAGUUUUGUCAUUUAUGAAGUUCUGUGCAAUGUUUCUAGUGA